AUGCUUUGUUCGGGGGUUAGGGCACAGCUAAACCCUGACAUUUAUGCUAAAUCAUGCCCGUCUCUUGUGCAAAUUGUCCGUAAACAAGUUAUGAUCGCCCUGAAAGCCGAGAUUCGGAUGGCUGCUUCACUCAUUCGUCUUCAUUUCCAUGACUGCUUUGUUAAUGGGUGCGAUGCGUCUGUAUUGUUGGAUGGAACCGAUAGCGAGAAAUUAGCGAUCCCAAACGUGAACUCUGCGAGAGGAUUUGAAGUUGUUGAUAAUAUCAAAGCCGCUGUGGAAAACGCAUGUCCUGGUGUUGUUUCUUGUGCUGAUAUACUCGCUUUGGCUGCUCGGGACUCUGUUUUCUUAAGCGGAGGGCCACUGUGGAGAGUGGCAUUAGGAAGAAAAGAUGGAUUAGUGGCAAAUCAGAGCAGUGCAAACAAUCUCCCAUCUCCAUUUGAACCUUUGGGCGAUAUCAUUGCCAAGUUUAUAGCUGUAGGCCUUAACGUCACCGACGUCGUAGCUUUAUCAGGAGCUCACACCUUUGGACAAGCAAAGUGUGCUGUAUUCAGCAAUCGGCUGUUCAACUUUACCGGCGCUGGAUCUCCGGACGCAACACUUGAGACGACACUCCUGUCUGAUCUGCGAACAGUUUGUCCCGUCGGAGGAAAUGCAAACCAAACAGCUCCCCUUGACAGAAACUCUACGGACGCCUUCGACAACAAUUACUUCAAGAACCUCCUCGAAGGGAAAGGUCUUUUGAGUUCUGAUCAGAUUCUGUUCUCGAGUGACUUGGCCGUGAACACAACAAAGAGACUUGUGGAGGCUUAUAGUCGGAGCCAGAACUUGUUUUUCAGGGACUUCACUUGUUCGAUGAUCAGAAUGGGAGGUAUUUCGAAUCCUGUGAAUGGAUCUGGUGGGGAGGUUAGGAGAAACUGUAGGGUUAUCAAUAAUUAG